GAUCAAAGCAACCAUGACAGAGACGGAGGAUCGGUUUUGGAUUUCCCUGACGAAAUUAUACAUCAAAUCCUACCACACCUUCACAUGAGAGUUGCUGCUCAAACCAGAAUUUUGUCCAGCAGAUGGAAACACAUAUGGAACUCUUACCCUGUUUUUGAUUUCUGUCAAAAUUCCUUAUUUAAUGUUGAUUCCCAUAGACUGGCCGGGUGGGAGCUUGACGAUGGUAUUUCUAAACAAGUAAGGCCUCAAUAUUGGGAAACUUUAGAGAAGUUAACAAACAUUGUGGAUCAGAAACUUGAAAAAUUCAGUGAAUGCAAGCUUGGGAUCCAGAAAUUUAAGCUUUCCAUUGCUCUUGCCGACCAAGAAUUCCAUUCUUUCGUUGAUAAAUGGAUGGAAGUAGUCUCAGAAAAACAUGUCAAAGAAUUAGACCUCUGUAUAAGGGCGGAAGGUAAAUUUGGUUACGUUUUGCCACAAACAAUAUUUGCUGCUAAAUACUUAACUGUUCUAAAGAUUCGUGGUUACAACCUGAUGCUGGAGGAUCCUGUUAUGAAGAGUGCUGUAGACCUUCAUUCUCUGCAAAUCUUGUCUCUGGAGAAUGUAUACAUUGAUGAAAAAACGACUCAAAACCUUAUUAGUAGCUGUCCUUUUGUGGAGGAUUUGUAUCGUUCUUUCAAUGAGGGCAACUCACAAUCCCUAAAGGUCUAUGGUCUGGUUAAGCUCGUCAAUCUCACGGUAAAUAUGCGAUCAGAUAGUCAUCUGAUGUAAUUGGAGUUGUCUGCGUGUCGAGGUUUGCAAAGAGUGUCAUCAUAUGAGGUUGCACUAGAUUGUGUAUUUGAUGAUGCUAAUUUUCCUCAAGUCAAGUUUAUAUCUUUAUCAGAAUGCAUAUUGAGUAAAGGUUUCAGGAUUUC